CUUCAAAACUAGGGUUCUUGGCUCCAAAUGGCGUGGCUGGGUCUCAUUGCCACUGGAUGGCUCCAAUCUCUCAAUGGCUCCUCCUAUCUCUUCGGAUCCUACUCCCAGGCGCUCAAACUCGCGCUCGCGCUCGAUCAAAAGAGCCUCGACACGCUCGCAUUCUUCAAUACCCUGGGAAGCUCCAGUGGAAUCGGCCCGGCGCUUCUCUACGAUCGCAUUCCUCCGCCGGCGAUCGUCGGCCUGGGAAUUGCUCACAGCAGCUGCGGCUACUUCCUCAUCUGGCUCGCGAUCAAGAAUCCCUCUCUCUUCUCCCUCUGGCACCUUUCCCUCUUCCAAUUGCUCGUCGGAUUCGCGCAGACGUACAUCCAGACGGCCGCGCUCGUGAGCGGCGUGAGGAUCUUCCCCGGCGCGCGAGGGUUCGUUCUUGGCUACCUCAAGGGCCUCGUCGGAUUGAGCGCCUCGAUCUUGGUCCAGUUCUUCCUUCUCGUCUGCCAUGGCCGCGAAGAAUGCAUGCCUCUGAUGCUCGCGUGGCUGCUGCCACUCCUCUCCGCGCUCCCAAUCCUCGCCAUCUCUCGCAAAAUCCCUGCCCCUUUCCAGGCCCCAUCCUCGAUUUCUUGGAAGUCAAUGCUUCUCGCGGCGAGCUUGAUCUUCCUCGCAGCCUUCUUGCUCGCGGCCGUGAUCGUCGAGAGUGUCAUCACGCUCGACCGGAUCCAGAUCGUGCUCGUCAAUCUUGGAAUGUGUCUCAUACUCCUCUCACCGAUCUACGUGCUCGUCAAGCCCGAUCGAAAGAACGAGGAGCGCGAAUCCAAAAUCGAGGGUUUGCUGCCAAGAAUUCUAGAAUCCAGCGAAGAAUCCUCCGUGAUCCAAGAGCAAGGAUUCGCGAUCCACGGGCAGAUUGGGGGCGAAUUCACGACGCUCGAGGCGAUUGCAACGCUGGAUUUCUGGCUGCUCUUCCUGGGAGUUCUUCUCGGCACCGGCUCCACGAGCGUGGUGACCAGCAAUCUCUCGCAAUUCGGCCACUCCCUCGGCUACUCCUCGCGAACGAUCACCAUUUGCGUCUCCCUCUUCUCGAUCGGCAGCUGCGUUGGAAGGCUCGGCUCGGGCAUUCUCUCGGAGCACGCUCUUAGGGUUUAUGCCACGCCAAGGCCAGUGUUCUUGAUCCUCACAGCCGCGAUCCAGGUAGCAAGCUUGCUCCUGGGCAGCAUUGCCGUCCACGGCGCUCUCUUCUUCGUGGCGAUCCUCUCGGGCAUCGCGGAUGGCGCGUUCUGGUGCCUCGCCAUCGCCACCGCCUCGGAUCUCUUCGGCCUCGCGAGCUUCAGCUCCAUUCUCAACAUCAUCACCUUCGCGUGCCCGAUCGGCGCGCUCCUCCUCUCGGUGCUGCUGGUGGGAUCGAUCUACGAUGCCCAGAACGAGCAGGGAUUGCUGUGCGUGGGAUCGCGGUGCUUCGGAUCAUCGUUCCUGGCCGUGGCGAUUUGCUGCGCCAUUGCUGGUGUGGGAUUCGCGGCCCUCGCAAGGAGGAACAAGGGAUUCUACCACGGGAUCCACGCCUGUUCGUCUUCUUCCUCGCGAGCAUUGUAGCAGCGAUCGUGACAGAUGAGC